GACAACAGGAAGCGGCUGUAUAUUGCUUUAUCGCUCGCUGCUUCAUGCAGUAUUUAUCUCAGCUGACAGUCAGACCGCCGUGCGAUAUUAUAAAGAGGCUAAAACCCCAUGACUUCAGCUUUUAUCUAUACUCGCGAGAUGUCGGCGUCUGAACAGGCCUGAGAUCGGUCUCACAUAGCGCUUGUCCUUGCCAGACAUCAAGACAACUGCUUGGCCAGCUCGGACUAUCUAAAGGAAAAAUGGGGAAAUAUCCGAAGGAAAUACAGAAAUGCCGGGUUUAACGUGAAGGCUGGAGUUGUUGCGUAGUGCUGUUGUAUACUGCCUGAAGCAUGAACUCCGUGUCACCCAGUGCCGUUCAAUACAUAGUAGGUGGUGGAGCUCAUGCGGACAAGCCCACACCACAGUCCAGACGCCACAUUGGCCAUGGCUCAAUGCCUGAUGGCAUCAGAGAAGAUUCUGGAGAAACUGUUGAAGUGGAUCGUCUUAAAGCCAAGUUCAUGUCAGCCUGGAACAACGUCAAAUAUGGUUGGUCUGUUAAAUCUAAAGCUACCUUCAACAAGACAUCGACUUUGAUCCUCAUGGGUCAGUCGUAUCUGUUCAAUAGCGAAGAUGAGGUGGAUCGUUUCCGGCAGGCGUUCGUGUCCUGUGUAUGGCUCACCUAUAGGAGGGAGUUUCCUCAGCUGGAUGGGUCCGGCCUGACCACAGACUGCGGCUGGGGCUGCAUGCUGCGCAGUGGACAAAUGCUGCUGGCACAGGGUUUAAUGCAGCACCACAUGCCUGCAGACUGGAGGUGGCCCGAAUGUCACCAGCUGACAGACGUGGAUUUUGAGGUGCUGAAGCCCCGCUCCCCGUCCCGCCCAGCUGGCAUGUCCCUGCCCUCCUUCACUUCAUCCUGGAGCAGCCCUGUUUCCCAGCGGGACCCCUCCUCUGGCAUCAGUGAGGGUCCCAGACAGGCCAAUGGGCGAUGCCCUACAACCAGCCAUGACCCUCAGGUGGAGGCUCUUCACCGGAAGGUGGUAUCCUGGUUUGGCGACCAGCCGUCAGCUCCAUUUGGCGUACACCAGCUGGUGGAGCUGGGAAGGGAGUCGGGGAAGAGAGCAGGGGACUGGUACGGCCCAUCGGUUGUGGCACAUAUGCUGAGAAAAGCAGUGGAUAAAACCACAGAGUUUCACAACCUUGCUGUAUAUGUGGCUCAGGACUGCACUGUAUAUAAAGGGGAUGUCAUGCGAUUGUGUGACUCGUCACUGACACAAGAGCUGUCAGAGCCCAGUGGCACGGCAUGGAAAUCAAUCAUCAUUCUAGUGCCAGUACGGCUGGGUGGAGAAUCAUUAAACCCCUCCUACAUUGAGUGUGUUAAGAACAUUUUCAAGUUGAAAUGCUGUAUAGGAAUUAUUGGAGGGAAACCCAAGCAUUCCCUCUUUUUUAUUGGCUUUCAAGAUGAGCAGCUAUUGUAUUUAGACCCACACUACUGUCAGCCGGUGGUGGACGUCACCCAGGGCAACUUCUCUCUGGAGUCCUUUCAUUGUAACUCGCCCAGGAAGAUGAACUUUAAUCGCAUGGAUCCUAGCUGUACGAUUGGCUUCUACGCACGCACCAAGAAUGAUUUUGAGUCUUUGUGCUCAGAGGUCAAUGCGGCUUUGUCGUCCUCGAAAGAGAUGUAUCCCAUCUUUACAUUUGUUGAGGGCAGGGGGCAGAACUAUGGGCCGGAGAGGCAGAACGGGGGUGCCGUGGACGCUCCUGCAAACACUUUCUCAUGCAACAGACCAAGCAGGACUACAAAGAGGGGAAGCACAGAUGAGUUUGUGCUCCUGUGAGGAUCAUAUAACCCCCACCACCACCCCCAAAUGCUGCUGCACUGAAAUGAAUGAAACCGCUGUUGCUGACGUAUGUUCACUGCAAAACAUGAUGGCUGCUUGUAUACAGUCCCUCAUGCAAAGGGUGAAUCUCAAGAAACCUGAAAGAACAUGUUCAGGUCAUAUUUAACCCCAAAUUCAAAGGAGAAAAUGAAGACAUUAUAUUUUGCAUGAAGUAAACAAAGCUUAUUUUUGGGACUUUUAAGAUUUUUUGCAUUGUGACAUUAUUUUCAUGUCAGUUAAGCACAUUUCCGCCCCGAAAUGUCAUUACUGUAGUGCAAAACUAUGCAAAAACGAUUCUAUGUUAUUGGAAUUGUGAAGUAUUUAUACACUGUGGUUUUGCUGACCGUAAUGAGAGUUUGAGGGGGAAUGUACUUAAAUUUUAUGAAAGUAUUGUCACAUUGCCUAAAACUUAAUGGUCCUAAAAUAAGAUUAGUUUUCUUUAUACACACACAUAUACAUGCAUAUAUAUAUAUAUAUAUAUAUAUAUAUAUAUAUAUAUAUAUAUAUAUAUAUAUAUACAGUAUAUUAUUAUUUUGUUAUUUUGAGUUGAAAUAUCAAAUUUUUUUUGUGAGAGUCACCGGGAAUUUUGGCAUGGAUAGAUAUGGAACAUUCUUCUUCAUUGCCAUUUUUUAACUGAUUCGGCCACAUCUCUCUCAUCAUUUACUCACCCUAAUGCCACCCAGAUGUGCAUGACUUUCUACAGUAAAAUAGUUUCUCACACCUAUCAUAUCGCUUCAGAAGACAUGGAUUAAACCACUGGAGUUGUAUGGAUUACUUUUAUGCUGCCUUUAUGUGCUUUUUGGAGCUUCAAAGUUUUGGUCACCAUUCACUUGCAAUAUAUGGACCUACAGAGCUGAGAUAUUCUUCUUAAAUCUUAAUUUGUGUUCUGCAGAAGAAAAAAAGUCAUACAUAUCUGGGAUGGCAUGAGGGCGAGUAAAUGAUGAGAGAAUUUUCAGUUUUGGGUGAACAUACAUCCACACACACUAACAUGCACACACUUAUUCUUUCUCUUUCUUAAAUGAUCCUGCUGUUGUGUUGUCUUUUUGAAGGUAAACGGGUAUUAUAUGUAUUCUGCUCUGAGACGGCGCUCUGUAACUGUUUAGAACUGGUGGAUAAUGUGGGACAUUAUGACACUGAAUAAGACCUCCUUGUUGCUGUAUGAUAUGCCUAGUUUUGUAAAGUUGUGUAAAUUAUAAAUCUUACAGCUGUGUGCUUGAACUGAAUGUUUUUGUUUUAAAACAAAAAGUGUGCUUUAUUUGAAUUUAUCUCUUUAGAGUUUUCUCUUAUUUAAUUCAGUCUUUUAAUGGGAAUCACAGCCAUAGUACCUCCUCAAUCUCUGAAGCCAGGGUGUCAGCGAGUUUGAUGCUGGAAUCCGUCUAAAUGUUUGUUUUUCUGAUUUUCUGACUUUUUCUUUCAGGUCAACAGAAUUAUUAGCAGUUACUGUUACAUCCUAUUGAAGCUGUUUAUCUUAUUUUGACAGCUUGUGGUACAGUACAGUGUUCUUGAUCACUGUUCUGUCUGAGGAUUUACCUGAUAAACUGAACUGCUGUCAUCAUUUGAACAAAUGUUUUUGAACUGAGAAAUUGUAGAUAUUUGUUUGUGUCUUCAGUCUGAACAUGUACAGUAUGCACUGUGGGACCAUGUGGAUUUUAUAUAUAUAUAUAUAUAUAAACAUAGAAACAAUAAAUUAAAUGUAAGGCUUUUUUAAGAAUUAUGGCAAUGUGAAAAGUGAAAUUUAAUUAUAAAGUUCCCAAUUGUCCUCACUAAGUAAAAUGUCUGCCCUUAAAAUGCCUAAUAAGCAGUAUUUAAAUGUAUAUUUGAAACCAUCACCGUGCCCUGCAAUUCUCUUUCAAAGAAAGUAUGUGGUAUUUUUGAAAAGAGUAAUUAAAAAAAUCUGUCUUUUGCAUUUCUCCACUGAGCAUGCAUGCAGUAUGGAACCAGUGAACAGGAGGGUGGAUGAACUGUGUAGAGUUUUGUGUAAUAUUAUAAUAUAAAACUGUCUCAACAGUAGAACAAGCAAAUAGAUCAAUUAAAGGUAAGCUUGUUUUGAGUCCUGUAAAUAAUUGGAGGUGUUAUGAUUUCUUUUUCUUGAAUUGUCAUCACCUCUUUAUUUUAUAGAGUAACUGCUCUUGAAAUACCUUUAAACCGUAUGUAAACCAGUGAUUCUCAACAGGUGAUUCACAACUGUUCUGAUAGUUGCAUACAGUAAAAAAAAUAAAAUGAUGCUAAAUGCAGACAUAAUAACA